GCUGGUUUGAAGUUGAGGCAGGACUGAGCCGGUGGCUGAUCUCCGUUUGUACACCUCCCUCCGGCAAGCAAUCAUCCAUGUUCACAUCGAAGAUCGAAGACGCAGCAUAUGGCCUCCCUGCGGAUACGGUGGACAUAUGCAAAAAGGACGCCAGAAGAGAUGGUGUCUUCGCAGGCUUUACUGCGGCUCUCAUCAGCGGUGAGUACCUAUCCGUUGAUGGCACCUACGCUACAACAUCAAAUGGCCAUGGGGGACUUUCCUUUCACGCGCGUUAUGCACCCGCAGUUGUCAUCGGGACCAAGCUCUUCCGAUUCAAUAGAAAUACGACGAUCGCCUGUGGGGCUCUGACCGGCGUACUUUCCGGCUGGCAAUUCACCCAAGGUUUCACGCUAUCUAAUAUCGCCCUUGCGCGUGCAAAACAGCAGGCGCGCCGAGAGGCGGAGUCUGGCGACGCGGAAUCGGUGCCUUCCUCGACCGUUUCAAAUGACUAGCCCGAUUCUGCGUUCUCCAGGGAGCUGUGCAUAUAGUGGGGCCGGACGCGCCCAGCAUAUACAUGCGUCUUCUAAUUGUGCCACCUAUGAGAGAUUCACAGACUAUGCGAUGCAGGCACGCCCGUCCCAGCAACGCAAUGUGUUAUCCUGGAUCGUAAUAAUACGUCUCUUUGGUAGGCAAAUACGCUUAAU